AUGGCCACUCUUCUGCAUUUUGCUUCAACCAUUCUCCUAGGCGCCACGACGGCCAUAGCCGUGGCAUCCGUCCCCGAAACACUCAACAUCACGGUCCUAAGCGCCCAAAACAACCAAUCGACCCUAGAAUGCUGGGCCCUCGAGCCGGGUUUCGUCUCGUCGACGCAGCCCGGCAUCUCAGGAACGGCGGCACUGACCAUGGGACCCGUAGGCGCCAAUGCAUCCUACAGCAUCCUCCCUGCACAAUUCGACGGCGGGAGACACAAUGCCCCUGCAAGACAAUGGGUGAUCUUUGUCUCUGGACUGGCGCAUCUUACGCUGCCGCAUUCCCAGGACGAGGCGUGGAUUCGGGGGGGCAAGCAUGGGAUGAUCCUGGCGCUGGAUACGGCGGACGUCAGUGCGGAUGGGCACUAUACGACGUAUCCCAGUGAUGAGGUGACGGCCGCGGUGGUUGUGCCUUUGAAAAACGGGGAUGGUGACCCAGGGCAUCGAGUUUUGCAUAAGGGUGCGUGUAAUGCGGCGGAGCUGGACUUUUAG